CCACAAGAGCAACCAACCAUCCACGAGACACACAAGCACAGCACAGCAGCGGCGUGAAGGGAAAACUCCGGCAAGAUGUCUCAGCUCGCCCGCGCCAGCCUGACUGCGGUGGCGAUGUUCCUUCUCCUUGCCGCCGCAGCAGCGGCGGGGCCGGCGGGCUGCCAGGACGACGUUGUGGCGCUCAACGAGGCCUGCUACCAGUACGUGCAGAAGGGCGCGCCGACGGUGCCGCCGUCGCAGGAGUGCUGCGACGCCGUGAAGAGCGUGGACGUGCCCUGCGUCUGCAGCUACCUGGGCAGCCCCGGCGUGCGGGACAACAUCAGCAUGGAGAAGGUGUUCUACGUCUCCCAGCAGUGCGGCGUCAGCAUCCCUGGCAACUGCGGAGGAUCGAUGGUCUGAAGCAAGAAGAGGCCGGCUGAAUGGCAAGCUUGGAUAACGUAAGCAGCGCAGUUAGCACUGCUGGAAUAAAUAAGACGUCCCGGUCAACUCAUAGGUGGACGAUGCCGGAGCACAAGGAAUGUAUUGCCAUUCAGUUGAAGUUAUUUAUAGUAGUAUUAUACUUUGACUACGUUGCAACUUGCAGGACUCUUGUAUUGCCCAGGUUGAUCUAUCAUGUUAUGUUACUCAAUUAGGGCAAUUCCGAAAUGAAUGACAGCAUUGCAAUAAGUAUGAGCAACGAAUUCCCCUGAUAUUA